AUGGAUAAGCCUCAAGGCUAUAUCCACCUGAAGGUGGGUGUUGGCAUUAGCGGCCGCAGUCGUCUCGCCAAUACUGAUUGUUAUCGAUCGGGGAAGAGGGCCGCCUCUAGGUUCUCUUUGUGCGUAGUGUUUCCUCUCGGCGGUUUGGCGUCUCUCGCUUGCAGCAACAGAGGUCUUACCUUGAUUAUUCAGACAGUCGAGAACACCUUGAAGUUUCUCCCCCACUGCGACGAAUCAUUAUCGACAGGCAACAGUUGA